CGUGAUUAAUCCCGCCCCCGUUCGCGCGCGGAAUGACGCAAGGCGGCAGCUGGGGCGGCGUGACAAAUACGGAAGGGCGCGUCCCACCCCUGGCAGAAGAGUCGUGGCGGGACCGCCGAGGCGCAGGCAGGCGCUAGCUGGAGCCCGACAGACGUGUACUUGAAAGGAAGUGCCAUGUCGUGGAUAAGAGAAGGUGAACUGUCCCUUUUGGAGAGAUUCUGUGCUAGUGUAAUAAAGGCAGGACCAAUGCCCAAGCACAUUGCAUUCAUCAUGGAUGGCAAUCGUCGUUAUGCUCAGAAGCAUAAUGUGAAGAAGCUGGAAGGACAUUCACAGGGUUUUGCAAAACUAACACAGACAUUACAAUGGUGCUUGAGUCUAGGUAUCCGGGAAGUCACAGUUUAUGCCUUUAGCAUUGAGAAUUUCAAGCGAUCUCGAGAAGAGGUUGAGGGCUUGAUGCAAUUGGCUAGACAAAAAUUCAUCCGUCUUCUUGAAGAACAAGAGAACUUGGAGAAACAUGGUGUGUGUAUUCGAAUUCUUGGCGAUCUGUCUCUUCUGCCACAGGAUGUCCAGGAACUGAUUGCUAAGGUUGUGUUGGCAACUAAGCAUUAUAACACGUGUUUCUUGAACAUUGGCUUUGCAUACACGUCAAGACAGGAGAUCAGUAAUGCAGUGAAAGAAUUGGCUUGGGGUGUUGAAGAAGGACUGCUGCAACCCAGUGAUGUGUCAGAAUCUCUCAUCGACAAAUGCCUUUACUCCUGCAAAUCUCCUCACCCAGACAUUCUGAUCAGAACAUCUGGAGAAGUUCGACUUAGUGAUUUUAUGCUCUGGCAGACAUCCCAUUCUUGCCUUGUGUUCCAAAGUGUUCUGUGGCCAGAUUAUUCCUUCUGGAAUUUAUGCGAGGCCAUCGUUCGGUUUCAGAUGAACUACAAUGCAUUACAAAAAGCCAGAGAUUUAUAUAUGGAAGAAAGGAAGUGUCAACAGUUAGAAACAGAUAAGGCACAAGUCUUACAGAAACUAAAAGAUGAAGGAUCGGCAACUUAUGGAGAUACUCAAAAAUGCUGGACACUUUUGCAAGAAUUCAAAGCUAAACGGGAAGAGAGGAUUCAAAGUUUUUUGCAGGCCCUGGAGCACAAAAGGGUGGACUUCCUAGAAAAACUAACUAUGGCAGCUGCAAGAUAAUAAGGUUCCUCUUGGGUAUAGGGGAGAGGAGGGGGAAAAAAUGAGCCAAGUUGCAAAUAAUCCAAUUGCUGCCCAGUGGAUGACGUGAAAUGGGAUCCUAGGUUUAUUCUAUGCGUACAUGCACAUGGCUGGGGACCAUGACGUUUGAAGUGUAUGUUUACCAAAUUUAAUGAAACAAAAGGUAUUUGUGUAAAGAAUAACAUCAAAUCUUUCUAGGUGUGAAGAUCUGUGCAUGCGGGGGGGGGGGGGGGAGGGAUUGCUCCAUAUUCUCCAAAUUGCAGUUUUGCUCUGCCACAAAACAAAGACUUAACAGAAUCCUGAAAAGCUGCUUGCACUGGAAUGCAGAGAUGCUGCAUCUGAGAUUAGAGACAGAUCCCAUUGCAUACACCCAAGCAGAUUUACUCUGGAAUAAAUUAAAUGUUUAUUCUUUUCUUUGUUGCCUUCAUUUUUACAGAUUAGCUGUUUCUGGAUCAUUUGUUUUUCCAUUCUUGCUACCAGUAUAUGAUAUAGGAUUGUACGUAAGUUUCAGAGGAACAUGCAUUGUUCCUCUAGCUUUAGUAAGCUAGGAAAAUGUCAGGUUAAAUCUAUAUAUACUUCUGGAUUAUGGGAAUGUGUUGGGUACAACAGAACUUCAA